AAGCUUUUGUCAUUUGCAAAUGUCACUGAGGCAAAUUUCAAAAUAUAUCUGUGUCACAUAAAAUUUCAGCUUUAAGCAAAAGCAAGUGUACGUUGAAACCGCGUAAGCUUGAUUCAAAUUCUUUCACUCCAACUUUUUGGGCCAACUAAAUUUCUUCUUAACAAAUUUACCCAUUGGUCAAUCUUGGCCAUGAAGUUGUUAUCCUUUCUGGACAAUUCACAUGCCGUCGAAGUAUCGAUUUGUCAAACCCUCUCGAAUGCAGCGAACAGUUGCGCCCUGCUGCCCUUCGCCAGGACCAAGAACACGCCCACUGUGAAGCAACUGUACAAGCUGCAGAAGCAUCUGGAGUCCGAUCUCCUGGCAUGCGAUGCUCGCCUCUCGCUCUUUGUGGCAGCUGCCAACAGCUAUCGCUGCGAGUCGUUACUCUGUCCCUUUCCGGAGGACUUUCUUGACAGCAAACAGCGUCCCAAUAUGAAUGCCAUCUUCGAUGUGAUUGCCGACUUCGAUCGCCUCGAGUUCAUUCUGCAGCAGAUACUCACCGGCAAUUACAGCAGCGGUCACAAGAAUGUCUUCAAGUUGCUUUAUGCUGUGCUGGUGAAGCACGGCGAACGUGUGGCACUUAGCACCUUGCAACCAUGUGAGUUCGAAGAACUCUAUACGCAUCUCAAGAUAUCUGCUCCCUCGACGCCGCCCACACAGAUCUUUGAGGUAACACCGAGUCUGAAAUGUGCCCACACCAAGGCUUACUCUUCACUCCGGGAUCAGUAUCCGGUGAAAAUCGGUUUCUAUGGCGGCAAGCUGGAGGAAUUGUAUUCUAUGAUGACCGUCGGUUGUUUGCCUCUGGACGAACCCAUUCGACUCUUUUGCAAUGUGGACGAUGCCCUCAGCCAGAGUCAGUAUGGCAGCAGCUGGGGCGCCUCACGCUGUGGCGCCUUGCUUAGCUGUGUUGCGGUUGUGGAGUUUGCUGUGAUGCCAACGCUUGUGAUCAAGGACGAGGAACAGCGGCAUGUGAUUGUUCACGAUGCCGAUUGCAUUCAGAUAUCGUAUUUGCUGUUCUUCGGCAAGAGCUUCACACAGUACGAAACGGCGUUGAUGUUGCAGCCGAGAGUUUAUGUCGAUUGGGAUGCCACCUUUAGGUGGCUGGCGUCGAAGAAAUACGCCAUCUCAUUAGGCGUAUACUUGAUGAUGCUAUCGAUGUCAAUGUCCAGUGGCCGGGGCGUGCUCUACAGACUGGCUACAAGUGGAAUCUACGCUAUAAGAAAAGGCUUUCUACCAAUUUAAAAAAUCUACUUUUUUCCAUAUUUAUCGACAGAUUUAUUCAAUCUUUUGUUCUCCAAAAUAUAAGAACAAUAGAUUGUG